GUUAAGGUGUGCUCCAGAAACUCUCAAAAACAACUUCUAGAAAUAUUUGACAAAUUAAUGACUUGCAUAGAAAUUGAAUCCGAAAAUCAUAAUGACACAAUUACUGGAUUCUACGAUUUUGUGCUUGGCUUCGAUAACAUGCGAAUGCGUUGGUUGGAGUCUGAAAAGAAAACGCGCAAAUUAGAAGUGGAAAUGAAGGCGUUGGAAAAGGAAAAGCAGGACUUGGAAAACAAAUUGAAGAUUGCUCGUCGCAUUCACGACAACUCAAUUUCAAUGAGAAAGAAAGCUGAAGAGGAAAAGCUGUCACUUGAAAUCCAAUUGCAGCAAGUGCGAGAUCUUCUGUUCUGUGAUACUCGAAACAAAAUUCAUGAUGAAACGAGAGAGAAACUGCAAUCUUUGAGUACGAGCUUCAUGUCCAGAACAAGCCUGGAUCGAAUGGACUACAAUGCAGGUGGAGACAAGCUCACUACCAUCGAUGAAUUUGAAUCGACUGGAUCUAUAUUGUCGGACUUGAGCUAUUCAAGAUCAGAAGAUGACUUGGAUAUUAAUGAGAGUCGAAGAAUGCGUAAAAGAUCAUACGCCUAUAAUGAAAAUAAUGGUGGCAAGAGGCGUUCCGUGUCCAAGCGAUCGUUCGCCAGUCUGCAAGCAGGUCCCGGCGAAAUGCUGGUGUCGACUACGCGGGUGGCCGUGUCACCAAGCGGGCAACCCGUGGCGGCCACUGUCAGCCACACACUGCGCUCCUACACGUCGCCGCAGACCACUGCCACUGUGGUCGCUCCGCAAUCCGAGACAACUCCUUCGGCGCCCAAGCCCGAUUCAGAUCCAGAUGACACACCUGAGCCUACCGAAAGAAGAGGUCUAUUUCAUUCUGCUUCAAGGAGCAUUUUCCCAUUCUAUUCGAAUGGCCUCUCAAAGACACACAGUCUCACAACUAAAAAUGUCAUCAGACCAGAGAAUUGUGAUCCUUGUGGAAAAAAGUAAGCUCUACACUUAACUU